CGGAAGUAAGCAUAAUUUCCAAAGAUGGCGGAACAAGGUCCGAUGGCCAUAGCGAUGCGGCUACGAAAUCAGCUACAGUCCGUCUACAAACUCGACCCACUGCGGAAUGAGGUGAGUGGGCAUGUUGUUGUAACUCUGUGACACUGGGGUAGAAGCGGGGAUGGAGUCAAACCGCAGCAGAGUGGAGUUAAACGCGCGCAUUGCCGGGAGAUGGUUGUCGUCUCCGCGGCGCUGAUGGAGAGAGAGGGAGCGCUGCGAAGGGAGCUGUGUCUGCGCAUGCGCGAACGGGAAAGCGACCUGUGUUGUUCUUCUCAAAUGCGAAGCAGCGUGUAGAAAACGUGUCAACACGCUGCUUUUUGCUUCUUUGGAGAGAGAAUUCGGCUAAGUUGAGAAAUGCCUCUCUUAUUCACCUUGUUCUAGACAGAUAUUUGAGCGAACUGGACGCUGCACUUUGUGGUUUCUCCGUCACCGUGUGUACACCGAGGGGACGGCGGCGUGUUUCAAACUGCCGCCCGUUUGUGUUGAACGUGGACGCAUCAUGUUGUUGUCGUAGUUUAAGGAGUUUGCUCAUCAAGGUUGACUUUGAGUGUGUGGUUGGGUCCGAGUGUCCCCCACAGAACCGGGAACCAGACCUCAUAGUGACCUAGUUUCAGUACAAACGGAAGGGGAGUCUGCUAACGUUGAACUGAUUGCCCGGUGUUUCGGUUUAACGAGGUACCGUGUUAAUUAGCGACUUCUACCCAGAUCCUUCCGCGGUUGUUGGAAACGACCACGCAGCUAUUGGUACGGAUGCAGUUGAGUUUCCACUUUGAGGCCGAAACUCAAUUAAUGUGCAUCUUUUUUAUCUUUCAACUUUAGGGCAAAAGAAAGAUGAUAAAUCUAUAGUAACCAAGAAGAUCUUUUCUCACCCUAUCUCGAAUAAAACCUGUUUUUAUCACAUUGUAUUUUGUAUAGCAGAAUUGAUAUCAAGUUUCCAUUAAGUCACUUUUCGACCAACUGUUUUGUAAAACCUAGUUCAGAGGAAUGAAAGCCACAACUUUACAGAUAUAAACACCUGUCUUGGUUUUUUCAAAGGAGGAGGUGAAGUUGAAGAUCAAGGACCUGAAUGAACACAUCGUCUGCUACCUGUGCGCGGGGUACUUCAUAGAUGCCACAACAAUAACGGAGUGUUUGCACACCUGUAAGUCAAACCAGCGCUGGACAGAGUCAUAAUUUGCUUUUUAUUGUUAUUGAUUUAAAGUGUUAACAGUCAUUUCUCAAAAGUACGCUGGUGUUCUGCAAGGAAAUGAGAUAAAGAUGAUAACGGGUGUUUUGUUUCUCUUUUCUCUCUACAGUCUGUAAAAGUUGUAUCGUGAAAUAUCUACAAACAAGCAAAUAUUGUCCCAUGUGCAACAUCAAAAUCCAUGAAACACAGCCUUUACUUAACCUCAAACUGGACCGAGUUAUGCAGGAUAUCGUCUACAAACUGGUACCUGGCCUACAAGAAAGUAUGUAAAAAGCACUUCUCUGUAAUGACAAAUGUGAAAUAGUAUUGAUCGUAAAUUCUAUUGUUUGGGAAAUGGUACAUCUGUGGAAUAACAACUGUGUUCAAAACUGUUUAAACCACCUGUUCUUGGCAUUUAAUAUCUAUAUGAUGUAAUCUAAAACCCAUGGUCGUGUUUCAACAGGUGAAGACAAAAGAAUAAAAGAGUUUUAUCAAUCCCGUGGGUUGGAGAGAGUCAUCCAACCUUCUGGAGACGGUAAGUUAUCGCUUUAUCAUCCUCUCAGUCUAAUCUAUGGUUGCAGUCUUUUCAUUAAGACUCCAAAAGCGGUCAGUAAAUGUUGAUCAUUCACAUGACCAUGAAGCGAUGUUAUUAUAGGUGGGAUGUUAAGCUCCUUCCAACUUCCAUCAGACUCAGUCUCACUGGUCGUAUCUGUUUAAAGCUGCUUUGAGCAACUUGUGGAUUAAGAAGUCUCUUCUUAUUUCACCCCCCCAUACAUGCUCGAGUUGUGACUUUGGACCAAAACUCAUCCCACUGACUUUCAACAGUCAAAUGUGUCAUUUACUGUGAAUGUUUUCUGUGGAAUAAGUACAAACAGGACAGUUUCUUCAGGACUGAAACCAUCAGUCGUGUCUGUGAUGGUCUCGUUUGUUUUUGGAUAUCAUGAAAAGGCUAAACCAGUUUCUGUGUUUGGCCUCAGUUUGUAUUUGCCGUCCUGACUGUGUUUUUUUUUCUUUUACUACAGACGCAGUUCCUGAUGCCACAGGUUUACCGUACACAAGCUUCGACCACUCAAAAGCCCAUUUCUACAGAUAUGAUGAGCAGGUUUCGCUCUGUUUAGAAAGACUAAGGUGAGCCUAUCAGUGAUGGAUAUGUUUUCUGUAAUUGUGUCAUAAUCUGAGGGACAUUUUCUCAAACUGUUGUGUUUGUCUUUAAAGUUCAUCACUCGCUGGAAAAGACAAGACGAAAUUCACGCUCCAGGUAAGAACUACACACACUCACAGUCCGUCUUCAAUCUAUUUAUCGCUGCAUCUCAACAAAGCCUGUAGGCUCAGUGGAAUUACUGAGCAGUUCAGAGAUGCUUUCUUAGCAACUCAGCUCCCACCAACUUUGAGAAUCCUGUCUCCAGGAGUCAAUUUUUGGUGCCUUGAUGAGUAAUUUUCUGACCAGACUGCUAAGCAAACACACGGCACAAUGACAUCUGCAGUACAAGCAGAAUGCGGCGCUCAGAGGUGGUUACUCCAGGCGACUCAUAUUCAACAAAAAGACAGGGAGAAGUGUGAGAGGUUCACCACAGAGGUAUACAAUCAUUUUUAACUUCCCGACCAAACUUCUCAUUUCUCAAACUCUGCGGAUUUGAUAAUUAUUUGAGAAGAGAGUUGUGGUGUUUUCGAAACAUCGGGGCCAAACUUCAAGCCGGGCUGCCAAGAAGUUGAGUCAGAGUUUGGAGGAAAGUGCUGACUCUGAGGAAAAGGACUGAAAUAAUGUAUGGACCAAAACAUUUCACAGAAGUGUCAUCAUGUCCAACAAAUACAUCACUUUUAUAACCUUUUUAAAUGGACCUGGUUAAAAGGCCUCAAGACAAAUAGUCAUAUAUAAUGUGCUGAAACUCAAUAUGUUGAUAUUUUUAAAGUUAUGGGCUUUUUUGGCUUUAUUAGAUAAGAUAAAGACGUGCAUUGAGUUCUGUAGCCUCUUUAUGUGGAUCUCUGACACCCAUUCAUUAUGUUUCCUGUGCUGGUUAGCUACAGUUAAUCUGAUAUUGAUCAUAACAAAGUAAUAUCUGUAAUUUAUUAAACAGAUGGAGCUCAAGAUGCAGAGAGUUAGACUUAAACAUGACUUAUAGGACAUUAAUCUGUGCAGUUCAUUUUCCUGUUUUUUGCCCUUUGCCAAUCACAUCCCUGAUUAAUUCUCACAGUGUUCCCAUGUGCCAGUUCAUCAACAUUUACAUCCCAGGACAUUAGAUAGCGUUGUUCUCAAACAUGCCUGCUAACUGAUUUCAAACCCACUAAGCUGCAAAAACUGCCCACUCUGUCACUUAUUACCGGGAGUUCUCCCUCAGUGGGCCAAACCUCCCGACAGGCUCAUUUAUCCGGGGGACAUGUGACCAAAGAUCACUGGGAAAGAGAGUUAACUAAAAUACGCAGGGUGAACCAAAUUACACUCCACUGAAAAUCCAGACGACCAGGCCAGCGUUGUUCUGUCUGCUGCAGAGACUCAGUUCAACCAGCAGAGGGCAGUGUUGUUCAACAGUUAUUAUUUCUGUACUGUAAGCGUCUCAUCCACUUCUGGGCUGUGAUUUAAGGGAGUUUUAGAGAUUCUCAGAGGAAAAAGCACAAAAAAAGAAGAUUUAAUAACUCAAGGUUUAAAUUUGGAGUUUGAUCGGGUGACAGCUGCGAUCAAAAAAGGGCAUCAUCCCGACCACACGCGCGUCCUCUUUGACCCUUUUCUAAAAUGAAAAUGUUGUUUAUUGGUGCGUCUAAUGUUACCUGACGUAAUGGGAACACAAGGUUUCAUCAGUUCAAUUCCUGACGACCCUCAAUAAGCAGCUCUGCCUCUCUAUAACCUCUGUGUGAACCUGUUAAACGGGGGGCUGUGUGUGAUCAGUUUGCCAAGCAUGCUCCGUCUGCUCAGUGUUCUGGGUCUGAAUUAGACCCCUAACCUUUGCUGCGUGCCGUUCUCUGUGCCCUGCAUGUUCAUCAUGAUCCGCUGUUUUUAUGAUGGCGAAAAAUACAGCUGCAGAGGUUUCUGUGUCGACUUUAUAGACUUACUGUUUUGGCCUUUAUUCAGAGAGGAAGGCAAGUCCAAGUAUGUGGAUUAGGAGUGUUUAACAAGUUGGUGCAUUUAGCGGGAUUAUUCCUGUGAAGUAAUCCAUCUUCUCCCGUGAAUCAGACUGUAAACCUGAUUUUGAAAACCCUCUCUAACUGUCUCCUCCAUGGUGUAAAAAGUCGUAUCGCUAAAUCUGUUCAAACAGCCAGUUUUGACUUGUUUUGUUGUUCGUGCUUAUCAGAAGUUAAACUCUUUAUUUUCACGCCCUUACCUCCCACAGCAGAAGUUUGUUCGUUGUUCGGUCCGAGCGGAGGUGAGACACCUACGGAAAGUUCUCUGUCAUCGGCUGAACGUGGAAAAACAUCAGGUAUGUCUGUUCUCACGAGGGUUUCAGGGAAAGGAGUCACAGAAAAUCGACCCCUGAGUUUUUAAAGUGUUUGAGGAUAGUGACUGAGCUACAGGAUCUGUUUUCGCUUCUAAAUGAAAAAAAAAUGCUUCUGCUUCUCUGCAUAGAUGAAUAAAUGCAGUAUUCACACCACCAGUAAUGCUAUUAAUGUCUUAAUAAGUUCAGUAGGAUUGAGCAGAAGUGAGGAUACAGUGCUCACUGUCAUUCCUGCCUAUUAUUGCAUAACUCUAAGUCUCCUUGCUGAAACAAUCAGUGAUUAAAAUACUAAAAAUCUCCAUUUCUGUGACAAACUUACAUUUAAAUUCAUGCAUAUUGAAGGAAACAGCGAAGCAGCCUUUGAAAACCCUGUCAACAUCACUCCUGUCGUGUAACGUUGCUUUAGCUCUGACUCCUUCUUGAUCAGGUUUCUUUUGCUGCAGGUUCAAAAGUUUUACAGACAGAACAAAAACAAAUAAAACCUCACAAAGUUAAAGUUUAAUAUAGUAAUGAUAAUAUUAGUAAAGUUUAAGUACCAUCAGAAGAAGACUGGUCACAUUCAGUGUUUUUUAAUCACCAGUGUCGUAUUUACCAGAAAGACUGUUUGAACUUAAAGGAUCAGGAGUUUAACUGGUUCGAUGCUGGUUUUCCUCUUUGUUAGUGGGCCGUGGUGGAGCACCAUACAGUCACAGAUAAUAAUUUGUGUUAUUGCUUAUAAACAGCAGGUCAAAACCUCAAACAUAGUGCUAAAAUAAACCAGAAAAGCUCUUGUUGAGUGAUUCGUUCCCACUUCAGAGCUCUGUGGAGUCCGUUUGGUUUUAAUCUUCCAUCAAAUGUUUUCAGAGCUGCGAAUCAGCCGCACUUCACAUAAAAUACUCACUAACAACAGCGCACACGUUCACACAUACACGUAAUCACAGAUUCUUCUCCUCACAUGUGUUUGUGUGGUCUCCUUAUAGGUCCAGAUGUUGUUCAAUAACGAGUCACUUCCCGAUCACAUGACCAUGAAGCGAUUAUGGCUCUCUCACUGGUUUGGAAAGGUACGGUACAGCCGCUGUUACAGAGCGCCAACUUAAUGUCACACACCCCACACUUCUGUGUUUCUCUCUCUACUCCAGUUUUAAGUUAAGUUAUAGUUUGAUUUUAAAAAUAAAAGAAACUUUGGGUUAGUUCUCCUAUUAGAAAUGUUGAAUAUUUACUUGUGCAUGCCUUUAAAGAUUUAUGCAGCAGCACAUAAUACUUGAACUCUUCUCUCCCUCAGGCUCAGCCGUUAGUUCUUCACUACACCAUCAAAGACAAAAGGAGCAGAUAGGAUUGGUUUUCACUCGGGGAGACGACUGUACAUAUUUUGUACUAUACAUAUUCUAUUUUAAUAGUGUUUGUGUACAUAAACUUAUUUUCCUUGUUUUGUAUUUUUGAAAAUAAAUUUGAAAUUGGAAAAAUUA